AUGCCUGGAUCUCCUUCAAUGGCUCCGUGUACGACAUCACUCGGUACAUCCCACAGCACCCGGCGUGUCCGGGCCUUGCAUGGUCAAAGCGACUCGCUGGGCGCCGCUUCGAGCACUUCCUCGGCCAGGCAUUCAGGGUGCAAGGUUGGUUUAGGAAUCUAG